AACCAACCCCUAUCCGCCCCCCGUCUUUUCCCUUUUCUCUACCCUCUAUCUACCCACCGUUCCCGUCUCUCCGCCGCUUCCUUGGAAGACGAAGAAACCCUCCUCCACCACCAACCCGAUCCAGCUACAUCCGUUGAGGCCCGUGCGUUUCUUCCCUGUUCUCCCAUCAAUCGACCUAGCCUUACGCCGACCAGGGGCUUCCUCUAAUCGAUCUGGUGUCUGUUCUGUGGUAUUGGUCUGGGUGCACUCCAGGGCCAGGAGCAGCUAGCCGUCUUCGUUCGAUCCGUUCGCACCCCCCAACGCGGUUCGAUUUGCAGGAAGGAGCGUGAUGGCCAAGACGAGCUCGUUCAAGCUGGAGCACCCCCUCGAGAAGAGGCAAUCUGAGGCUAACCGUAUCAGAGAGAAGUACCCUGACAGAAUUCCAGUGAUUGUUGAGAAGGCUGAGAGGAGUGAUAUUCCUGACAUCGACAAGAAAAAGUACCUCGUCCCUGCAGAUCUUACAGUCGGGCAAUUCGUGUAUGUUGUUAGGAAGAGAAUCAAGCUCAGUGCUGAGAAGGCUAUCUUCAUAUUUGUGAAAAACACCCUUCCACCAACAGCUGCUCUGAUGUCUUCAAUCUAUGAAGAGAACAAGGACGAGGAUGGGUUCCUCUACAUGACUUACAGUGGUGAGAACACCUUCGGACUGCUCUAGAUGGCCCGCAAUGGGGUCGCCUUGCCCUUGCCCAUGCCUCCUGUAAAUAAGACCUGCCAAGCAACUGUGUAUAUUCUGGUUUCGUCGUCGCAAGUGGUUGCGCUCUACUGCUAAAGCCUACCUAUCAGUUGUGGAGUUGUCGUCGAUGUUAUGGACACACUUAAUCAAGUUUAUUAAUUGACUGGACCUGAAUCUUGGGUCAGUAAUGUGACAUCUCCUAUGUCGUUUACGGUUA